UAAUUCUAGGGUUUCUUUUCGCGCCUAGGGUUUACAGUUCACCGGCUAGAAAAACGAUGGACCUUUCGAAGAAGAGAAAGACCGAAGAGAACGGCGUUCUAUACACGACGGCCGGCGCCAACGAUGUCGUUGCUCCGCCGCCGUCACUUUCGUCUCUCAGUCUCACUCCCCUAGACGCACGCAAGAUCCUCGAACCGUUCAGCAAAGAACAGCUUCUUGAUGUCUUGCAAACUGUCAUCAUCCGCGACGUUGCUGUUUUAGACGCCGUUCGUUCUAUCGCAGAUUCUGACCCCACCCAGCGUAAACUCUUUAUCCGUGGCAUCGGCUGGGAAACUACCACUGAAAAGCUCCGAUCGAUCUUUUCGGGUUUUGGAGAACUUGACGAGGCUAUUGUCAUUACCGACAAAACCACAGGCAAAUCGAAAGGUUACGGUUUUGUUACUUUUAAGCAUAUAGACGGUGCCAUUUUGGCUUUGAAGGAACCUAGCAAGAAGAUAGAUGGUCGUAUUACGGUUGCGCAGUUAGCGGCAGCUAGGGAAUCGGGUAGUGUCGAUGUGUCGAUGAGGAAGAUUUACGUUGGCAAUGUUCCUUUUGAGAUUUCGUCGGAGAGAUUGUUGAGCCAUUUUUCAUCGUAUGGGGAAAUUGAAGAAGGGCCAUUAGGGUUUGACAAGCAGUCGGGGAAGCAAAAGGGAUUUGCGUUUUUUGUGUAUAAGACGGAGGAAGGGGCGAGGAAUUCACUUGUUGAUCCGAUGAAGAACAUUGAUGGGCACCAAGUUAUGUGUAAAAUGGCUACUGAUGGGAAGAAGGGCAAAGUAGGUGGGCCCCAGAGACCAUCUGGAAUGCCCGGUGAUGCUGUUCCGCCUCCGGGAUCGAUGCCAGGGUCCAUGAAUACUGGCUAUGGUAUGCCGGGAGGUUUAACAUCUUUUGGUGGGUAUUCGGGUGGGCGUCCUCUUCCUCCUCAUCAAAAUUCACAGAUGAACUCAUCAGUGCCUUCAGCAGUUGGCGGUGGUCAGGGAUUUGGUAAUCAGGGGCCACCCUCUUAUAGUGGUGGCAGUGGCUAUGGUGGUGGUGGUGGAUAUAGUGGUGGUGGAUUCACCAGUGGCUCACACUUUGGAGGUGGGGCUGCCUCUGGGGAGUAUCCUGGGAUAAAUACUUUUGGGUCGUCUAUGAAUAGAAUGCCCCCAACAUCAGGAGGAUACCCUGAUAGUGGCAAUUAUGGAUCGUCUUCGGCUUAUCCAACACAAAUGCACCAGCCACCAGCUGGUCCAAGAGGCCCGACAGGCCAGAUGUAUCAAGGCGGGCCACCUUACUAUUGAGGUUGCUAUUGUUGGUGAUCUUGUUCGUGAAUGCACUGUGAUCUUAUAGUUCUGUGAAUGGUUGCUAGUGCAUCGUGCAAUAUGGUUUCCAUAUAUGUGGUUCCUGGUUGCUUGGCCACCUUGUACCUUGUAGAUUUAUUUUAUUGGCAAUAAAAGCUGCAGUAUGGGCUAAAUGCUUUGUGCAUUUAUUUUCUAGAUUAUUUUGAAGUAUUAGCAACAUUAAUGAAAUGUAUUUUUCUGACUGAUGUUGUGUAAAGUAUCUUUCUGUUUUCACUAGACUUAAUGUCUGCAACCAGUUUCUACUGUGGUUUGCUAGUAUUGUUGAUUUUCUCAGUUGAAGUUUCUUGGAUUUUGCUUUUCUUUUGUUUAACUUU